UUUCGCUCUCAAGCCUGUACACAGUUCCGACCAUGUACCAAGCAGAACUGAAUGAUGUAUAAUCUGUUUCAUUACAUUAACUUGAACAGGUGUCAGCGAGUGGUCAGGCCACAUAAUGGCAGCGUUCCAGGCUGACUAUGUUGCAGAUGCACGCCAGAUCUCACAAUGCCUGGACAAGUGUUCUAUCAUAUCAGUUAACCCCAUCAUAUGAUAUAGCAAUCGGAUGCUUGAUGAAACGGCACAAAACCAAGUGGAUGCAAUGCGAUGUCUGCAAUGUAGUUGGCCUGGAACGUCACCGAUGCUUUGAGGGUGUGAAAACUGCAGAGGAGGAGAGGCAAAUUAACCUUUGCGAAUACUCUAAGAGUAAGAACAACAGAACUACUCUUACCUCAGUCGAAGAUCUCUUACCUCAGCAAAGAGCCUACUGGCUAAGAGACAACAGAAUAAUGAUGAACUACACUGAGGAAGCGAGACAUGGCUUUCACACCAAAGGUUCCCACCAUGAGAACAUCAUGUUUGCUAGCUUUUACAUCUUGGUCUUUGUGGUCGCCGUGCCUGGCAACAUUUUGGCAUUGUGGGUGUUCUGUCGUCAGGCUGGCACCUCACCCUCAAAGCUCUUUCUAAAGCACCUGGCCAUAGCAGAUGUCUCCUACGUGCUAAUCUUGCCCAUGCGGAUGGUCUACCACUUCUCAGACAGCCGCUGGCCCUUUGGAGAGGUCCCCUGUCACCUGGUGGGGUUUCUCUUCUACCUCAACAUGUACUGCAGUCUUUACUUCAUGACCUGCAUCAGCCUGGACCGCCUCUUGGCCCUGGUCCUACCGCUCAAGUCACAGUCAAUGAGGAAGGCUUCAUAUGCCAGAGUGGUCGUGGUAAUCCUGUGGGUCACAGUGACCGUGUCUACGGCUCCCAUGCUAUUCUCCAAAAAACAAACGAUGAUUCAGGUUGACAACACAACCGUGGUUAUGUGUAACCAGCUGUACUUGGAAAAGACUUCUCCCAAAGCACUGGCGUCAACCAUGGUGGCGUUUAUUAUUCCUCUGGUCACUAUAGUGGUCUCCUAUAUAUUAAUCCUAUUGAAGCUGAGGGGCAUCAAGCAACAGGAGGGAAACCCAAUCAGAGACAAGGCCAUCAGGAUGAUCAUUCUCAUCAUGGUGAACUUCCUGGUUGCUUUUGUGCCAUAUCACUUGAACCGUUUCAUCUACAUCGAGAGACACACUCAUAGCGACAUGGAAACUGCGUCCAUUGAGGCUCUGGCACUAGCCAACCGAGUCACUUCCGCACUAACCUGUUUGAGUGGAGCUUUGGAUCCUAUUAUGUACUUUUUUUUGGCAAGGACUUAUCAAAGUAAACUGCUGCAGCUGUUCUGUAAAGACAGGAGAGCGGACCAGCCAACCACAACCUGAUCUAUGAUCAGGUCCUGCCGGUACAUAAUCAUUUUUAUUUUGAAAGGCUAAACUGAUCCUAGAUCAGCACUCCUCCUGCUCUGAGACCAGUACAAGUGUAUGCUUGCAGUGAUUCAAUUACUAUUUAAUAUUACAAUGGCAAUGUACAGUGUUGAAUCCUACAGUAUGAUCUCAUUGUGGUGUUGUGCAAUAAAGGCUACAUGCAAAUAUCUUAUUAAAAGAAAUGGUUGGUAGGCCUAUGGCCCUGUAUGAAAAUGAAUCUUAUUUCUAGGUUGUUUUACCAUUGCUGUUAUUGUAUGCAUACAAUUAUUGUAUAGUGUAGGCAUAUAGGUAUGCCUAUUAUUAAACUUUUUGGCUAAAUUAAUAAAUAAAAUAAAAUGUUAUUUGUCA